UGUAAUGGCGGCUUUAGUCAUUACUUCCGUCUUUUUGUGUCUCUGAAUAGUUUUUCAUGAUUAAUUUCAUACUUUUGUGUUUUGUAAGUGUUAAAUGUAGUUGAAAUGUGAUAUAGAUUUCAUACUUCAUUAUUGCUUAAAAACAUACUGAUCCCCAAGUGAACAGGUGUUGAAUUUAGAGUUUAAAAUGAUAUAUUAUUAGUUGACUCAGAGUACCAUAAUGAAAACUAUAUAAUCAUAACGGGACGAGAGUGAAGAGACAAAAUGUCGAGUGAUGAAGACAAACCACCUGCGCCGCCGGUGCGCUUAACCAGCAACCGGGCGACUGAUCGAGGAGAUUCAGUAGCCUCUGUGGAUAUGAGACCUCUACCAAAAGAGCCAGAUGAUGGGGGUGAUAGAAAAAAGAAAACAUUGAAAGCUAAAAUAAAAGGCUCUAAGAGCACUGCACAUAAUGACAACAAGCCAAAUAUUAGUUAUCCAACCAACUUUGAGCAUACAGUCCAUGUUGGAUUUGAUGCUGUCACUGGAGAAUUCACAGGCAUGCCUGAAGCAUGGGCGCGACUGUUGAUGGCAUCAAAUAUCAGCAAACAAGAACAAAAGAGCAAUCCACAAGCUGUUCUAGAUGUAUUGAAGUGGUAUGAUGCAUCUGCGACGCAACCGCCGCCUUCCAAAUACAUGACCUCAGCACAGAUGCAUACAACUCAUUCAGGUUCCUCUGUAUCGCGAGUGUCUUCAAGUAGUCCAUCAUCAUCUACACCCACCGACACGGAGCAUCCUGAGCCGCCUCCACCGCCUCCUUCGAGACCGGAUCGCACCAAAAGUAUUUAUACAAAACCUAUAGAAGAGGAGGAGCCCCCACCCCGGCCUGUGCAAGCGUCCGCUUCGCCUCCACAUGUGCCACAUCCGACGCUCACAACACACUCGAUAUGCAGCAGAGCAGAAGUGGGCAGUGUUCCACUGCCGCUGGACCGCAACAAGAACCCCGCUUCGCUGGCGCCGUCGACGCCGCCCGCACCUCUCGCGCCGCUCGCGCCCGUCGCACCACCAGCCAAUGGCGCGCAGACCACCACCGAGACGGGAAGAGCAACGGGGCAACAACAAAGGAAAAAGAAAAUGUCAGAUGAAGAAAUUUUAGAAAAACUAAGGACCAUAGUCAGUGUUGGUGAUCCAAAUAGGAAAUAUACCAAAAUGGAAAAGAUUGGACAAGGUGCAUCAGGUACAGUGUACACGGCAAUCGAGACAUCUACCGGUAUGGAGGUGGCGAUCAAACAGAUGAAUCUUAGUCAGCAACCAAAGAAGGAGUUGAUCAUCAAUGAAAUCCUUGUCAUGCGGGAGAAUAAACACAACAAUGUGGUUAACUAUCUUGAUAGCUAUCUUGUAAAUGAGGAAUUAUGGGUGGUGAUGGAAUACCUAGCGGGUGGUUCCCUAACAGACGUGGUAACGGAGACGUGUAUGGACGAGGGGCAGAUUGCGGCCGUGUGCCGCGAGGUGCUUCAAGCGCUGCAUUUUCUGCACACCAACCAUGUUAUACAUCGAGACAUCAAGUCAGAUAACAUCUUGCUUGGACUUGAUGGACAAGUUAAACUCACUGAUUUUGGGUUCUGCGCUCAAAUAUCUCCUGAGCAAAAUAAAAGAACAACAAUGGUCGGAACGCCUUAUUGGAUGGCGCCGGAGGUUGUUACAAGAAAGCAAUAUGGUCCAAAAGUUGACGUAUGGUCGUUGGGUAUAAUGGCGAUAGAGAUGAUAGAAGGUGAACCACCAUAUUUAAACGAAAAUCCUCUCCGUGCUCUAUACUUAAUAGCCACUAAUGGCAAACCAGACAUCAAAGACAAAGAGAAACUAAGUCCGGUUUUCCAGGAUUUUCUUGACCAGUGCCUCGAGGUAGACGUCGACCGACGCGCCACUGCGCUCGACUUACUCAAGCACCCAUUCCUGAAAUUAGCGCGACCACUGGCGUCUCUGACGCCGCUGAUAAUGGCGGCGAAAGAAGCAGCCAAGGGACAUUAGCAUCGGCCGCCGGCGCCCCCCGCCGCGCCGCGCCGCUAGCGCCCCCGCGCCCCCCGCGCACCCGCGCCCUCUAGUGCCUACAACACAUGUGUACUUCGUGUGCGUACAUACACUCCAUUAUAUUAGACAUACUGAUGCUCCGGUACGGUACAUACUGAAACUAUCAUCGUGUCGUCGAUUAGCAACGUGUAUAUCUAUCGAUGGAGCCAUCGUGUCUCAUAAAUUGUAAUGAGCAUAAAUCGAUUACAGAGCAAUAUUUUAUCCGUAUAAAAUGGCUGCCGAUGAAUAUAAUAGAAUUAUAAUAUUUUUACAAGAAAGAGAUUAGAAAUGCAGUCCAGUAAUAUAAAAACUGUAGUGUCGUUUAGUAGUGUUAUUUAUUCUAAUUAGCGACGUAAUCUCUUAUUGACGUAUUUCAUUCGACUGUUUAUUCUAUAAGGAACAAGGAGUCGAAUAGAGUUAUAGAUAAUACUAGAGACUAGAUACGAAUUUGUAAACGAUUCAGCUGCGAACGAAGACUGGCAGUUAAUGUUUAGGUAACCUUGUAAAGUAUAAAUAGUAGAAUAUGUUAGGUCCAUUAUUUUAGUACCGACUCAGCUUGUUCACUGUGAUGGUAGGAUGUUAGCUGAUGUUAGGUAGGAACACAUAUAAAUAAGAGUCGAGUGGUUCGCGCGUAUCGCGCUCUACCGAGUUCCUUCGAGGUUGGCGUGAUAUCGAUUAUUAUGUAUUACUAUGACUGGCAAAUUGAUUUUUUUAUUUGCAUUCAUUAAAUUAUUGCAUAUUUGACUAUUACUGAAUUGAGCAUUCAAGUUUUACAAUAUUUUUAUGUUACUGAUUUAAAUAAUAUGAGAACUGAUUUUAUAAUUAUUAUAAUUAAUGAGUGAAUAUUUUAAAUAAAUGUUAAAUUAACAUGACUCUAGAAACUGUUAGCUUGGUUUGCUUACAUGCUUACAAUAGUUACUAGUUAGGUUUAUAUGUAAUUGUUAAUUUAUUGAAAUUGCUUAUUGCUUCUAAUCAAUAUAUUGUAAUUUGAGAUUAUUAUUAUUGAUGUGGUUUACUUUAUUUUCAAAAUCUAGUUAUCUUUUAUGAUAUGAGAUAUAUUUCGUGAUGUCCUUUACCGUCAAAGUUUUACUGUAAACACCACUACAUAGCUAGCUUGUUUGGUGAAACUGUAUGAGUGAUGGUAUCAUUUGUUGUUAGUCAUGGAAGUGGAGCAUUUACAUAGUAUUAAGUUUAUAAAGUUUAUGGGAGUGAUGAUGCAUAGAAAAAUAAUUUUCCUUUAUGGCACAAACAAUAGCAUUUAAGUUU